AUGAUGCAUCCUCAAGUCUUCAUUUCAGGCCUCUUACUGCUUCUCCCAGGUGCUGUAGAUUGUUACACAGUAGUGAAGGCGGUGCUGGGUCGCCCUGUCACACUGCCAUGUACUUACCCAACACUUCGGGGAGUCUCUACUACAUGCUGGGGCCGAGGGCAGUGCCCAUCUUUUAAUUGUGUAAACACACUUAUCUGGACCAAUGGACACAGAGUCACCUAUCAGAGGAACAAUAGAUAUCAGCUCAAGGGGAAUAUUUCCGGAGGAAAUGUGUCCUUGACAAUAGAGAAUGUUGUCCAGAGUGACAGUGGUCUGUAUUGUUGUCGAGUAGAGGUCCCUGGAUGGUUCAAUGAUCUCAAAGUGACCUUCUCAUUGGAAGUUAAACCAGAAAUUCCAACAAGCCCUCCAACAAUCACAACUACAGAAAGAGUCACAACUACAGUGAAACCCACGACAAUAUCAACGAGACCCACACAUGUACCAACAUCACCCAGAGUCUCCACCUCGACUCCUACAACACCAACACAAACACAGACUCACACACCAGAACCAAAUACAUUUGAUUCACAUCAGACAACAGCUGAGGUGACAGAAACCCCAUCCUAUACUCUCCCAGCAGAUUGGAAUAACACUAUGACAUCUUCGGACGACUCUUGGAAUAAUUACACUGAAUCCAUUCCUUCAUGGAAUCGGCAAAAGAACAUGACCAAGGGAUUCUAUGUUGGCAUCUCCAUUGCUGCCCUGCUGCUGCUGCUUGUGUGCACCGUGGUUAUCACCAGAAGCAUCCUUUUGAAAAAGAAGUCAGGGUCUCUGAGCUUGGUAGCAUAUCGUGUCUCUAAGAUUGGAGCUUUGGAAAGCAUAGCGAGUAUGCAGUCCAGAGUUGAAGACAAUGUCUACAUAAUUGAAGACCCAGUCCUUACCCUAAAGAAUCAGUCUCAGGAGCACUCUGAGGGGCCUUCUUCCUGAGACUGGAUACACCGCAACUGGAUUUGAUAUUGCAAACACCCUUUACAGC